AUGCCAACAUCCUAUUCCAAUCCGACAUUUGAUGAGGAACCAACUGGAAUUAAAAACAGUAAUGGGCAAAGUCCAAUGGGUUCAAAUAUUUUUAUUGUUAAACCAGAUGAUAAAGAUAAAUGUCGGACACAUCCAGAACCAUAUCGACAUGAUCCAAUUACAAAGCAAAAUACUGGUCGAGUCAUUCUUCGUGGCAUUCGUUUUACAUUUGGUAUGACAUCAACAAAAACAUAUUAUUUUACAACAGUUUUACGUACAGUUUUUACUGAACGAAAGGUUGAAGGUAUUGGUAGUCAACCAGCAUUUGAUGAUAUUGCAAGUUUUGAUGAUUUUUGGAAUGUUAUAAGUGGACCUGUUCUUAAUGGUUUAUUUGAUCAAAAAUGGUAUAAUGGAGAAAAUUUAACAGAAGGUCAAUAUGGUUAUGUUUUAUUUGAAAAUAAAAUUCUUGGUUUACCACGACUUCGACAACUUCGAGUUACCAAUCAUUCAUGUACUGUUCAUCAAAAAUUUCAAACAUCAAUACGUGAAUGCUAUGGACCAUAUAGUACUAGUAAAGAAAAUCGAAGUUCUUAUGUACCAGAAAAUGAUACAUUAACACCGCACGCAUGGUAUUAUCAAACAUCAAGUCAACUUAAAGGUUCAUCCGCAAGUGGAUUAAUAUCUCGAUAUGGUGGUGGAGGUUUUGUACAAGAUUUAACACCAAAUUAUCAUGAUGCUAAAGCUCAAUUAGAUGAUUUAAAUGCAAAUUUAUGGAUUGAUCGUGGUACACGUGUUGUAUUUUUGGAUUUUACAGUAUAUAAUGCAAAUAUUAAUUUAUUUUGUCAAAUUAAAUUAACAAUUGAAUUUCCAGCAUCAGGUGGUGCUGUACCAUCAAAAUCAUUUUCGACAGUGAAAUUAAUUCGUUAUGUUUCAUCAAUGGAUUAUUUUGUAUUAGCAUGUGAAAUAUUAUUUACAAUUUUUACAGUUUAUUAUACAGUGGAAGAAACUCUUGAAAUAAGACAUUUUAAAUUGCAUUAUUUCAAAUCAAUUUGGAAUGUACUUGAUGUAUUAAUCAUAUUAAUUUCAUAUAUUUGUAUUAUAUUUAAUGUCUAUCGUCAAAUCAAAGUUGGACAAAUUCUUGAUGAAUUAUUAAAAAAUCAAAAUAGUUUUGCGGAUUUUGCAUUUCUUACUUAUUGGCAAAUACAAUUUAAUAAUAUUGUCGCAUUUGCUGUUUUUCUUGCAUGGAUUAAAAUUUUCAAAUAUGUAUCAUUCAAUAAAACAAUGACACAAUUAUCGACAACAUUGUCACGUUGUGCAAAAGAUGUACUUGGUUUUAGUGUUAUGUUUAUGAUUGUUUUUUUGGCAUAUGCACAAUUGGGUUAUUUAUUAUUUGGUACAAUGGUUGAUGAUUAUAAAACAUUUGCAAUUUCAAUCUUUACUUUAUUUCGUAUUAUUUUGGGUGAUUUUGAUUUUAAUGCAAUUUUAACUGCUCAUCGUAUUCUUGGUCCAAUAUUCUUUUUAACAUAUGUAUUUUUCGUAUUCUUUGUAUUAUUGAAUAUGUUUUUGGCUAUUAUUAAUGAUACAUAUUCUGAAGUUAAAAGUGAUAUGACAACACAAAAAUCUGAAUUUGAAUUAGGUGAUUAUUUUAAAAAAUCAUAUGAAAGAAUGCUUGAUCGAUUAAAUGUUAAACGAGAUCGUAUUAUUGAUAUACAAAAUGCAUUAAAAAGUGCUGAUGUAAAUAAAGAUGGUGUAAUUGAAUUUGAUGAAUGGCGUCGAAAUUUAAAAGCUCGUGGUUAUACUGAUGUUGAAAUUGAAAAUGUUUUUUCACGUUAUGAUACUGAUGGUGAUCGUGUACUUCGUGAUAAUGAACAACGUCGUUUCAAAGCUGAUUUAGCUGCACAAGAAAAUAAUUUAGAUAUGGAUAUUAAAGAUUUAAAUGAUUCUCAUGUUGUUCAACAAUCAAAUGGUCAAGUAGCAACUGGAAAUAAUGACAAUGAAACUGAUAAUGCAAAUCGUAUAACAUAUGAUGAAUUUGCUAUAUUAGUACGACGUAUUGAUCGUAUGGAAUAUUCAAUUGGAAAUAUUGUUUCAAGAAUUGAUAAUGUUUUAACAAAAUUAGAAUUAUUAGAAAAAGGAAAAAUAAAACGACGUGAAGCAUUAACAAAAAUUCUGAAUAAUAUUUCAGAAGAUGAUAAAAUGAGUAAAGAAAUGAAACAUGAACGUUUAGAAAAAAUGAUUCGUGAUGAACUUGAAGAAACUAAUCUUGAUCGUCAAACACCAACUCAAAAUCUAACUCAAAAAACAAAAGCACCAGGUGCACCUGGAAGUGGACAUUGA